UGAAUACAAUGAAACAGCAUGUUAAAUAAAUCCAUGCUUGACUAUGUUAAUGCCAUAGUUGACCAUGAAUUGGAAGCUCAUCCUCGCUGCAGUAGCACUUCCACUGAUCGCUGUGGCGGUCGCCAUCGCCCUCGCCCUCUUCACUCCGCCUCUGCUACCUGACUCGCACGAUGUCCUCUCCGCCGCCCAGCAGAUCCAUAUCCCUGGAGCUGUCGGCCCCGAGAGCUUGGUCUUCGAUCCUAGCGGCGGAGGCCCCUACACAGGCGUCGCCGACGGCCGUGUUCUCAGGUGGACCGCCGGAGACUGGGUAGAAUUCGCCCUCACCUCAUCCUCAAGAGAUGCGUGCUCUCUGCCCUUCAAUCCAGCAAUGGAGCACAUAUGUGGGAGGCCACUGGGACUGAGGUUUCAUCAGAAGACGGGAGAUCUUUACAUUGCUGAUGCUUACUUAGGCCUCCAUGUAGUCGGACCAGCAGGAGGACUGGCUACACCUGUAGUAACACAAGUAGAAGGCCAGCGUUUGCGUUUCACCAAUGACUUGGAUAUCGAUGAUGAGAAUGAUGUGAUUUACUUCACUGAUUCUAGCACCGAAUACUACAGAAGGGAAUUCAUGUCAUCAGUUUUAAACUCGGACGCGACAGGCAAAUUUAUGAAAUACGAUUUGUCAAGCAAGGAAGUGACAGUUUUGCUGCGAGGCCUUGCUUUUGCGAAUGGCGUGGCUCUGAGUAAAGAUCGCUCUUUUGUCUUAGUAGCUGAAACCGCAAGAUGCAGAGUGCUGAGGCUGUGGCUUCAGGGCCCAAAUGCUGGAAAGCAGGAUGUUUUCGCUGAGGUACCAGGCUAUCCAGACAAUAUCAGAAGGAACUCAGACGGGGAAUUCUGGGUCGCCCUGCACUCGAAGAAUGGGCUCAUUGCAAAACUGUCCGCGUACUACUCAUGGUUCGGGCGUGGCCUGUGGAAGCUCCCCCUCAGCUUCAAGCAAUUGCAUUACUUGCUCGUUGGAGGCAAGCCUCACGCGACUGCCAUUAAGCUCAGUGACACAGGUGAAGUUUUGCGGGUUCUGGAAGACGCCGAAGGGAAAACCUUGAAGUUCAUAAGUGAAGUGGAGGAGAGGGAUGGGAAGCUGUGGAUUGCAUCUGUGUUGAUGCCUUAUAUAGGAAUCUACAAUCUGCCAUAACAAAAAACCAUCUAAUUUGUAGACUCACUCUGUAAAAACUGCAUCUUCAGAUAAGCUAUACUCCAGUUUUCUUUGUUA